AUGCUUCGUAAGAAAGAGGUCUACACGACCGUCACCCCCAUCCCGGGCUUCAUCCCCCGCCAGCUCGCCAUCGAUAUCCUCCACUCCCACUCCGAGGUAAUCACCCUCAACCCCCUCGUCCUCGACCACAAGCCUAUCAAGGCGCCCCGCGAUGCCGCCUCCGACGAGUACUACUCGACAUGGUACGAAAUCACCGAGCGCAUCCAGUACAUCCCCGGCAUCGGCAAGAUGGGUUCCGGCAAGAUCAGCUUCAACGGCUGCUUCCACGAUAUGCCCUGGGGCCUGCAGACGCACACCUACGCGCCCAUGAACAUCGACAUCCGGAUCAAGUACAAAAUCGACGGCAACCAGCCCGGCGUCGAACCGCCCCAGCCGCCCGAAAUCGACGGACUCUACCUGCGCGAGGAUAUCGAGAUUCGCUGUAACAUCACCAUGGUCAACUUUGUCAAGGCGCAACUCAAGGCCGCGAGCAAGGAAAUGGUGUCCAGAAUCAUCAAGAAGGCGGAGCUGCUCGAUGCGGGCGUGCUGCAGGCCAUGAUCACGGACGGGAAGCUCAAGACCAUCAACCCGGCCGACCGUACCAGCACAGGCAUGCCCGGCGCGCAUUCUCCGUUAUUCAAUCAGCGCCCCGACGGCAGUCCAAGACCGGAAUCUUAUUCGCCCACAACACCAUACCAAGUCCCAAGACCAGUCUCGAUGCAACAGUUCCGCCCCGGCUCGCAGGGCAGCUACGGCGCACAUCAAAACCAGCCGUCGGAGCUCUACUCCCAGCAAAGCGCACCACCUCAAACCUCCUUCAUCGCCGAACUCCCCGGUAACUUCUACCACCCCCAGCAAUCCUCCAGCAACCUGCAACCCCCGCAACCGUCCCCGGGCCUACAAGGCGGUGACCGCGACUCCAUGUCGCAACAAUCACAGCUCUCCCCCGAACCAAACUCAUGGCGCUGGUCCCAGGGCCAACCGAGUCCGUCGCAACAGAGCUCGCGGCCGACGAGCAUGGCCUCAUCCGAGGCGAGUAGCGGAUACGCCAGCCCCGCGCUCGAUCAUAAGGGGUUCUCGUCAGAGUUACCCACGCACCCGGAGACGCAGGAGGAGCACCGCGGGGAUGCGCAUGCCAAGGCGGCGGAGGCGGCGCAGCAGCAGCAACAGCAGCAUAGGGUCAAGGGGCCGCAGGCGUAUCCGACGUAUGGGCAGGCUUAUGCUUAUAAUCCUGCUGACUAUGCGCCGAUGAGUAGAUGA